UGGUGAUAUUUGACAUCGCAGCACCAGCCUGCUAUGGAGAGCGGCGAGAAGUCUGAGAUCUCUGACAGGCUACAGCCAGCGGCUCCAGCGGAGCCGCCGCCCAAUAACAGGCGGCCUGCACCUCAUGUUAGACCACCUCAGGAUCAGGAGACGAGUCCACCGCCUCAUGUCGCUGGGACUGGUGCAGCUGCAGCACAAAGCUUGACCCAGAGAAAUCAGGACCCUGAAAGCGAGCCUGCAAAAGAUGACCUGCGGUGCCAGGUGGAGGCGGUUUUCGCAUCCAAGCUAAGAGGUGCAGACGUGCUGCAACGAGAGAGCUACAUCGAAUUGCUGCAGUCCAUUGGGUCCACCUUGCGAGAGGCCAACGUCUUUUUGAAGGAGUACCCGAAGGGCUCAUCGAUACGUGUGAAAGAUUUCUUGGACCUCCUUUUUGCUUCUCCGAAGGAGAAGCAGAAGUUGGAGGAUGUCAGGCAGAGGAAGACAUCAUUAUCUAUCCGAUCCACUUUGCGUUUGCCACUGCGUUUCACUUUGAGGGAGAAACCGUCCGUGCUCAGCGACAUGGUGGACAAGACGUUUGCUGGUCGCAUCAAAAAGGGAGCCAAGUAUUGCUAUGCAUCUUAUCCAGGCAAGUUCAAGUAUGGGUUCGAGGCGCUCACCAGUGAUUUCGGCGAGUUCAGUGACCAGAGCGUGGCGUGCGUUUACUUUUGCACGAAAGAGGAUGGGUUGGGCUGUCACCACCCUGACCCAGAAGAUAGCAAAGGACGUUGCUACUGCAGAAGAAUCUACGGCGAGGGAAAUGAUUGGAACAGAGAUUACGAGACGUUUGGGUACCUGCACUGGGUGGGGGAACCUUAUGAUAAGGAGAAAGUGGAGAAGGCACUGAAGGUGGCAGAUGCCAUGAAUGCCGUCCUUGUUCGCAAGGAUGCUAGCGAGGUGGAGAUAGCCGGAGCGAGGAAAGAGGCCAAGAAGCGUUGGGAAGCAAGUGGUCGUGUCCCAGCCUGGGGUUGCUUCUGGUUUCAUGUGUGGUUCGGACACAUGGACAAAGCAGUGCAACAAGGCCAGCGACUCCGAGUGGUCUAUUAUCCAGGGAUGGUCGGGCAGGGUGAGGUGACCCUGAAGGACUUACAGGAUCCAAAUGUGCCUCUUUGGGAUCCGGACCCCCGAAAGAGAGGACUGGGCGGUUCUCAGAAGGCCGAAGUGGCCAUGAUCAAUGCCAUGAAGGAGCGACAUGGUGAUCCUUGGGAUUACGAGAAGCUGGAUGUUUCUGACUUCCUCAAGGAUUCCUUUGCUCCCGGGCAGGCAGUUGCAGCGUGGGAUCAGCAUGAAUGGAAAAGAGGAGUCAUCCAGAGAGUUCACAAAGAUGAUGGCUUGCAAUGGGACGUGCGGUGCAAGGAGACCGGGCAAGUCUUCAGAACAGACCGUGUUCGACAUGAGACUGCCGCAAUGCAGGAGUUUGCCGACAAGUUGGGCAAGAAAGACUUCCUUGAGGCUUUGAUUGCUAGUCUUCCAGAUGGCCAGGAAGUGCUCACAACAGUUCCUCGGCAGGAGAUGCUCCAGAAUGACAUUCCGGCAAUGACAUUUGACAUUCAAAGCAGCGAUGUGGAGGCCUUGAAGAAAUUGUGCGAUGCAGUGCUCUCUGGUGCUUUGGAGAAGAAGGUCACCAACACAGAUGCCUUUGGAUUGAGGAAUAUGAAAGUGCAGAUCGAGAAGACUGAGUUCGUGAAAGCUUACAAGGAAGUUCUGAUGAGUUCCACGAAGCUGACGCCACAUCAAGAGGAGAAGGUGAGAGAGCUAGAUGGACCCGGCGACUUUCACCUGUCAGCAGCAGCUGGGUCAGGCAAGAAGUUUGUCGCCAUUCGGAAGGUUUUGCAGACCUUGAGUGCAAAUGAGGAAGGUUUAGUCUUCUUCGCAGCUCCUUCGAAGUCUUUGUGCUUGCAUUUCCUGCGGUGGCUCCUGGCAAUGCAUGGUAGUGACGAAGCAGAACAGCUCGGGCAGGAAGAUGUGGUGAAAUUGUUUGGUCGCCUUAGGCUCAUGCAUUCGCCCUACACCAGCAUCAUGACCGCUAGCCUCAAAGGCACUCGCAUAGAACUUGCAAAAGAUGAAGGCUCCACCGCCAUCCAGUUUGUGCUUUCAGUUGUAGACGAGGCUCACGACAUCUUCCGCCCAGAUGUUGAACAAGGUGUGCUCAGAGAGAUUCUUGUGAACAGCUCCAAGCAGAGGAUCCUCCUUUCAGACGAGUCCCAGUCGGCGGCCAUGGAGCAGAACUAUCCUGAAGAAAUCCAAUUUCUGCGAGCAUACCUGAGCCAGGUGGUGCGCAGUACGGAGCGAGUCGUUCUCGGGGCAAAAUCCUUUCAGUUGCUUUCCGAGCAGUUAUCCAAUGAUGCAAGUUCCUUGAGCUGCACAGGUCCGCCUUUGAAGACCUUCUUCUUUGAGCCAAAAGAAGAUAUGUUUUCGCCACCAUUCCAAGACUAUUGUCAUCACACCCUUUCUGCUCUUUUGCACGUGAUCUCAUCAUAUCCGCGCCUGAGCCUUCACCACUGCGUGGCCAUCCUUGUGCCGAAUACUGAUUUUCUCACUAAAUUCAAGCCCCUUUUGGAGAAUGUGCUCCGAGAUAAGAUCACGUACAAGGAUUUGCGCCUCAUUGACUUUGAGGAGUCGUUGUCUCAUGUGAUGUCGUCGGGUACUGUGGAGAACUCCAAGGAGGAGUGCAUCGUUCUGGAUUCCGUGAGUAAUGCCAAGGGGCUCGAAGAAAUCAUUGUUAUUUCGGUUGGAAUGGAUGCGAGGAUUGGUGUUCAAGGCUUGGGAACAAUGCAUAACAUGUUUCUUCUUCUUUUUUUAAGAGACCCAAUGAACUGGGACGAUUUCCAAUUCAGCACGCUUGCUACCAUCAGCCAAAUUGAUUGUUUCAGGAAACGCGUCGAGACGCUAGAUGGCUGUCUUAUCACACCUUCCGAAAAUUGGGCUUGAGCUCGCCUUAGCCAAAUGGCUAACUCUUGGAGAGGGCAAUGGAGAGAGAGAGAGGAUACGCAUCAUGCCGAAGCAAGAAACAAAGUAGAACUGAAGCAUGAGACCAGACAGAGAGGUAGAGAGAUUGCCUGCCCGGCCUGCCCUGCUUCUUCGGACGUGGCACUUGUGAUCUACACACCCGAUCUUCCCUUUAUCAGACGAUCACCCGGGCGCAGCUCAUGGCGAUCAUUGUAAAUGAGUUUUUGCUAGGAGGGUGGCUGGAACACUUGAUUCAUUGCCGCUUGUCUACAGGCUCCAACAGGGAGAAAUUCAAAUUCCUCGAAUGCGCUGGCGAUGCGACCAAGGUCGUGAAGGAGAUUCAGGAAAUGAAGUCUCAAGAAAACCAUGAGAAGCAGAAAAGACCAUUGCAAAGCGCAGCUGCUGGAAAGUCAGAGAAGACUAGCGAAGCAGCAGCAGUGGAAGAAGCUUCAGCCUGGGAUGUGUCCUUGCAUUUUUCCUAUGUGUGGGAUGAUCCUGUGUGCAACGGCAUCAGGGAACCCAGCAAAGAGCCAACAUUUGAUCCUUUGACAAAGUCUGGGGCAGAAGCGUUUGAGAUGCUGCAGUCAGUGCUCACCUCAGAGGAACUCCCAUCUAGCUGUCCACACCCCAAGAACGAUGGUUUUCUUUGGCAUGAGGCGGACCAGAAUGGCCCGAUAACUUGGUUGUGUCUUCACAACGGCACCUGUUUGAGGAGGAGAAAAUGUUAUCCCAAUGAUGACGAUGACCGGUGGCUGCAUGAUGACGGGCAAAAAACUAAACCAUUGACACAGUGGACUUGGUGGAUUGAAGAGGGGGAGUUUGAGCUGGUGACCACAACAUUUGAGGCGAAACUCUAUCGACGAGCACAGGCAAAGAGGGAACAAUUCCCCGACACUGAUGAAGUCGCAGUUACUCCGUGGACGUUGCGAGGCCAGCUGCGCAGUGGAAGGGAUCUAUCGAUUGCUGCUCGACAGACCCAGGACCCGGACCUGGAUCCUGAAUUGGAAGGCCUGGGCAUGUUCCAGGAUUUGUCAGAGGAGACGUUGAAGGAUUUGGGCAUGAACCCCGAGAAUUUGUGGUUUUGGCUGGCCGACUUCUGACGACCUCUGCGGGCAUCGCAGGUGCCCUCGUGUGUUCUCGAUAGCUUCCGCCGAAGGCGAAGCAGCAAGGUGAAAGAAGAUGAAACACAUCUUCAGACUCACGGAGUCGCCAGUUGCCCCGUUCUAUAAAUGGUA